CCAAAAAACACACACACGGUCAAUGUUCAAUGUGUGGACUUUGGAAUGUCCUACAAAUAAACACCAGACUGGAGCAGCUAGUUCACACUGCUCUGGGCUGAAAGACAGCGAGGAAACGAAAGACCUGAAUUUGGCCACCACAAUCUAAUCAUGGUGUUUUGGUGGACUUUGUAUCAGUCUGUUGCUCUGCUGCUGUGGUCAGGUUUGGCUUGGGUCAGCGUUACUGCAGGGACAUUUUUGGACCGUUCUGACGGCUUGGAGAGAAUCGGUGGCUCUGAAGCAACAACCUCUGUGGGUUCUGGGGGUUCUUACAGCACAGCAGGACCCAGAGAGAGAAACGGUAGCGGGAAGUUGCUGGUGGUGCCAAUGGACGGGAGCCACUGGACCGGGGUGAAGGCCGUGGUGCAGGAACUGGGUCGCAGGGGCCACAUGGUGUUAGUGUUGAUGCCGGAGGUCAGCAUGCGUUUGGACUCUGGAAAGCACUACAUGAGCAAAACGUUUCCCGUCCCUUACACGCAGGAUCUAUUUACCCGCAUGACAAACAAUUCUCAGCAGCUGCUGGGCUCUACUGCAGGGCUGAUCGAGAGAAUCUCAGGGAAAAUUAAGCACAUGAGAGAGAUCAUGAAUCUGGUCAUGUCCACUAGUGAGAGUUUGUUAUUUAACCACGAGCUGGUGGAGUUUUUACGCAAACAGGAGUUUGACGCGGUACUGACGGACCCCGUGAUGCCAACUGGAGCCAUUUUAGCCUUUAACCUGUCUCUGCCUGCUGUCUACAUGCUCCGUGGCCUUCCGUGCGGAAUGGAUGCGAUCGCCACGGCCUGUCCCGACCCUCCUUCCUACGUCCCCCGCUAUUUCACCAAACUUACUGACCGCAUGUGCUUCACUGAGCGCGUGUUCAACAUGGUGGUCUACAUGCUGGAACCAGUGAUGUGUAAACUGCUGUACUGGGGGUUCGAUGACGUGGCAUCACGCUUCCUGCAGCGCAGCAUCAGCAUGAAGGAGAUCCUAAACACAGCCGCCAUAUGGCUGCUGAGAUACGACUUCACCAUGGAGUUCCCCAAACCACUCGCCCCGAACACUGUGCUGAUUGGAGGACUGAACUGUGCUGUUAGUCGACCUCUGGACCCGGAGGUGUUGGAGUUUGUGGAAGGGUCAGAACAUGGAUUUAUAGUUUUCACACUCGGCUCAUUAGUUCCAGCGAUGCCAAAGGAGAAAGCAGCAGUUUUCUUCCAAGCCUUCAGCAGAAUCCCCCAAAGAGUGCUUUGGAGAUACACAGGUGAAGUUCCUCAUGAAGUUCCCAGGAAUGUGAAGCUGAUGAGGUGGCUUCCUCAGAACGACCUUUUGGGUCACCCGAAAGCAAAAGCAUUCAUUACCCAUGGUGGCUCACAUGGUAUCUAUGAGGGGAUUUGUCACUCUGUUCCCAUGGUGAUGAUGCCACUCUUUGGUGAACAGGGCGAUAAUGUGCAGCGAUUAGCCAGUCGGGGAGUGGGUGUGGUCCUGAACUUCUAUGACAUCAGAGCUGAUGAAGUAGUCAAUGCCCUAAAUACCGUCAUCAAUGACAGCAGUUAUAAAGAGAAGAUGAAGAAAUUAUCUGCUCUUCACAACGAUCAACCAAUAACGCCACUGGAUCUCGCAGUUUAUUGGACAGAAUAUGUCAUGAGGCAUAAAGGGGCGGAGCAUCUACGUUCAGCUGCUCAUAACCUGAAUUGGGUUCAGUAUCACAGCCUUGAUGUGUUUGGCUUUUUGCUGGUUGUCAUGGUGAUUGUUGUCACCGUGGUGAUGAAAGGCUGCAUGUUGUGUUUAAGAUGCUGCAGAAAGUUACAGAAGAGAAAAGAGGAGUAAAAUGAGCGUCUGCUUUUGGACACCAAGAUCAAAUAAAUCAUGUGAUUUA